UGUGGCGUUAUCGCUACAUGGCGAUAGCCAGCCAACGAAUGGCGCCCUUGAACAAUGCAGAGCAAAAUUUAGUGCGAAUCUGUCACAUACUAAAAUUUACCUUUUUUCAGGUCCAUCAUGCUAGAAUUUUCUACGUGCUGCUUCUGCGUGCCGCUGAGGAUCGGAUGUCUUAUCUUGGGUUAUUUGCAUCUGGUGGCAGCGUCAGUUCUCACAAUCAUUACUAUACUGACCUUGACUGCAGUGGGAGCCGUGGUCGCCAAUUCAGAUAUCCAGGUCAACCAAAGUGUCGUCGACGCUCUGAUAGCUAUUUCCGUCAUCGUACUCCUCCUACUCGUGAUCUUGUUGCCCGCCUCUAUAAUGUUUGUUGUUGGAUUACACAAGGAACGCCGGCUGUACGUCAAGAUUUACUUGAUAUACUAUUUGAUCUUUACCAUCCUCUACUUUAUUAUGUUCAUCGUGAGAUGUUCAACCCUGCCACCUGACUUGAGCUACACUUUAACUACGUUGGCAGAAAUACUUCUCAGCGUGUAUUUCCUGCUCGUCAUUAGAAGCCACUGGGUCGCUAUGGACGGGAGUAACUUCAACAGUUCUCAAAGAGUGUGAUGGACAAAUGUGUAACUAACACGGCCAUUUUGUAUUUCGCCACAACAGGCUUCCUAAUUCGAUAAUAUCUACUAUACAUUUAAUAUUAAUUAUAAUAAAAAUAAACAUUUACUAUAUUCCGGUAGUCUGCUAACGAACCGGUGGUAUGUUUGUGACUCACAUACUUGACGUUUCAAAAGUGCUUAUAAAGUGGGCCUACUUGAAAUAAAUGAAACUUAAUUCUUUUAUGAAUUUUGAAUUUUUAGAAGCAGGCAAAUCUGUUCGGUGUAACUUAUACAAUUCUAAAUUAAUUUGUCAUGUAGGCCUAAUUAAAAAGCACUUUUGAA